GAAGAGGCCAUGUGAUGCUGGGCGCCAGCGAGCCGCUGCCGAGCCGCCUCCUUCCUCCUUCCUCGGAUCGCGGGCUGUCAUGGCGACCCCCAACAACCUGACCCCCACCAACUGCAGCUGGUGGCCCAUCUCGGCACUGGAGAGCGAUGCAGCCAAGCCGGUGGAGACCCCCGACGCGCCCGAGGCAUCCAGCCCCGCCCAUUGGCCCAAGGAGAGCCUGGUUCUGUACCACUGGACCCAGUCCUUCAGCUCGCAGAAGAGUGUCCCCUGUGUCCACCCGCCUUCCCCCCGCUCUGACCCUGGCGCCUGCAGGUGCGGCUGGUGAUCGCUGAGAAGGGCCUGGCCUGUGAAGAGAGAGAUGUGAGCCUGCCUCAGAGCGAGCAUAAGGAACCGUGGUUCAUGCGGCUCAACCUGGGUGAGGAGGUCCCAGUCAUUAUCCACAGAGACAACAUUAUCAGUGACUAUGACCAGAUCAUUGACUACGUGGAACGCACCUUCACGGGAGAGCAUGUGGUGGCCUUGAUGCCCGAGGCGGGCAGCCCACAACACGCCCGAGUGCUGCAGUACCGGGAGCUGCUGGAUGCGCUGCCCAUGGACGCCUACACACACGGCUGCAUCCUGCACCCUGAGCUCACCACAGAUUCCAUGAUCCCCAAGUAUGCCACGGCUGAGAUCCGCAGACAUUUAGCCAACGCCACCACAGACCUCAUGAAACUGGACCACGAGGAGGAACCACAGCUCUCUGAGCCCUACCUUUCUAAACAAAAGAAGCUUAUGGCCAAGAUCCUGGAGCACGAUGACGUGAGCUACCUGAAGAAGAUCCUCGGGGAGCUGGCUAUGGUGCUGGACCAGAUUGAGGCGGAGCUGGAGAAGAGGAAACUGGAGAAUGAGGGGCAGACGUGCGAGCUGUGGCUCUGUGGCUGUGCCUUCACCCUGGCGGAUGUCCUCCUGGGAGCCACCCUGCACCGCCUCAAGUUCCUGGGACUGUCCAAGAAAUACUGGGAAGACGGCAGCCGGCCCAACCUGCAGUCCUUCUUUGAGAGGGUCCAGAGACGCUUUGCCUUCCGGAAAGUCCUGGGCGACAUCCACACCACUCUGCUGUCAGCUGUUAUCCCCAACGCGUUCCGACUGGUCAAACGGAAACCGCCAUCCUUCUUUGGGGCAUCCUUCCUCAUGGGCUCCUUGGGUGGGAUGGGCUACUUUGCCUACUGGUACCUCAAGAAAAAAUACAUCUAGAGCUGGGCUGGGGCCUGGUGUGUGACUGGCAGUGUCUCUGUGCUGUGUGCUUCCCAAAUCCUGCUCAGUUACUCACUGUCCCAUGAGCACUGGACAGACCUUCCUGCCCCUUCUUCCUAGUAAUUCUAUUGUCAGUGUGACAACAUUCCAUAGUUUAGAAGUAGACAUUGUCAACGCCGUGAUUUGAGGCUAUGGCUCUACCAGAGGACAGAGAGAGAAAGCGAGAGAAAGGCAAUCCAAAUGUCUUUUCUUCUGAUUCAAAGACUCAAGACGUUACUGUGGGGACUGGUUAGCAUCUGAGGUGAGUCCCAGAAUGUUCCACCCAGCAGGGCCCAGGUUCUGGGAGGUGCUGGGGACUCAGAGGGCCUGACCCCAGCCUCCCGUUCCCUCUUGGCAGGGACCUCUUCUAUAGGACAAAGCCAACCUGGAGACCCAACUCAUCUAACCAGUACCUCUGUCUGGGCCUGGAGAGCCAGAGUCCCCGUGGAAAGUCUCUGAAGACCAGAAGGGGUCUCAUUCUUCUCCUGGACAUGGACUGAGACAGCAGUGGCUCAAGCCAAGCAGUGGCACCCUAAAACCCAUCUCUGGCUGGGAUCAACUAAUUCCAUGGGCACACCCUUCACCCCUUUCCUCCUCAUUGGCCAGCUGGUGAGGGUUGGCACUUACCUAGAAAUCCCGAGGCAGCAGCGCGUCAGCCACUCCUACCUUGAGUUGAGUUCCCACCCUUCCUGGUGGGCCUCUCAGCAAAAGCCAUGUUGACCUUCCCUCCCAAGGUCAUUCUCAGCUCAAGAACAGGGGUGCGUCCCUCACGGUCUCCACCUCUGAAGGUCCUUCUCAGCUCACGAGCGGGGGUGCAUCCACCUCCCCCCCUUUUUUUUCCCAGAAACUCCUCAUACUGCAUGCAGUGGGGUCUCUCCUCCACACUGCUCCCCGGGUCUCACUUUCCUGUGCCUUCUGCAUGUUGAGAAAGGGUCUGGGUGUCACUGCCGCUCAUGCUUAGAGUCCCCAAUAAAGCAUCCAGGAGGAGCGAUUGCUUUUCAUUUCUAAACCGUGUGGUCCUACUCAACUCUCAUUUCCAAAGUCAGGACAGAGGGCUGGAGGUGCGAGGUUUCAGAUCCAGCUCUUCCGAAGAUCAAGCUCACCUGGCAAGGCGGCCAUUGACUACCUUCCCAGCAAUUGGGAGGCCAAGGAAGGACAGAAGGACAGAGACAGAUCGCCUGCCGCAAGAAGCUUCUGACAUGGUCAUAAGUCCACUUAUGCAUUUGGGUACCGAAUUUCAGCUUACAGAGUGUGUUUACAUCCAUUUGCUUACCUCUGCUCUUCGGGGUUGACCACGGCAUCUGUCCCCAUCCAAAUUUCUAAGUGGGAGAAACAUUAAAAUGCUCACACAUGAGAGGAUAUAGCUUGUUCCUGAAAA